AUGCGUCCCUUCACACAGGGCCUUCGCCCAGCGCGCUCCUUCCUUUCAUAUACAUCCCUUACAUCGACGCGAACACAAUCAUCCCGUCUCUCCUCACAGAUCAGUCCAUUCCACCGUGCGGCAUCGAAGUCCUCUGUGACCCGACCUGCUCGCAUCUUUCCUUCAAGCUUCAUCCGCCACAACUCCACCGCGCGCCCUCUCACCGAAGACUCACCCACGCGGACAGAGACUGAUGAAGAGCGCGCAGCUAGGAACGAGGAGCGUCGCAAGAACGAAGAAGCCUAUCGCAUCACAUUCACUUGCAAGCCGUGCGGUGAGCGCUCGUCGCAUCGCAUGUCAAAGCAGGGAUAUCAUCGCGGCACGGUCCUCAUUCAAUGCCCCUCCUGCCAGAACCGUCACGUUAUGAGUGAUCAUCUUGGCGUAUUUUAUGAUAAGGGAACUACUCUGGAGGAUCUUUUGAAAGAGAAGGGACAGGUUUUGACACAUGGUCGCACCGACGGUAACCUCGAGUUCUGGGAGGAUGGCACAGUCAAUAGCUUUGACUUGGAAGGCCAACAGCUCUUGGGCUCUUCUGAGAAAGAGCCUUCGGGCAAAGAGUCUUCCUGA